AUGAACGUCCAAGUUAAUACAAAUGAUCAACUGAAUGAAACGUUACAAUCAUUUUGGAAUUUAGAGUCUAUCGGAAUUAAGUCUGAUGAUAUGCCAUUGUUAAAUAAAACUGAAGAAACUGUUUUGAACAAUUUUAAGGAAUCGUUGACCUUUAAGGACGGACGUUAUGAAGUUUCCAUACCUUGGAAAGAAAACCAAGUGACAUUGAAGAGCAAUUAUAUUCAAGCAGAAAGAAGGCUGUAUAGUUUGGAGAAAAGGCUUCUUGAAGACCCAUUGAAA